GCCACGCCGCCAGACACAAACGGGUGCGAGACCGUCGACAGAAUUCGGAACCGAUCGGUCAGUCAGUCGCGCUCCGAGCUUUGCGGGAGAAUGUUGUUCGCUCCCUUAGGUCGUCGUUGUAUCACGCGUCUGCUGGAGAGCCAGUAACACUUGAACUUAAAAGAUACGUUAGAGCGAUACAACAGAUGACUUUGCAGUGAGAGUGAAGAAGAGUUUCGGAAUAAUUUUCAAAAAUCGUACGACCGAGACCUUCGGUUGGAAUUUAAUACAUAUUUUACUUUGUGAUUCGGAUAUCUGUCGAGUUCAGUUGUUGUUGCGUUUUGUAUUGUGUCGUAAGUGCGAUUUAUUGAAAGCGGGUUUAUUCGAUCGUGACGAGAGUGCGUCGAGCCUGACGGUGGUGCGAAGACUUACUAUGAGUGCGUGACGCAAGGAGUAUACCGGUUAAUGUCAAUUGGUGCGAUAACCUGGUCCGGUGAAGAUCUUGACAGUCGGGAUGGAGUCCUACGGUGGUACCUUAGCCCUUGUCCUGGCGAUGCUGCUCGUCGCCGGGAACGUAAAUUCUCGAAGUAUAACAACAUUGGAGGCUCCGCGAGGAUGCGAAUGGAAGAAAGAGGCCGACGACAAGUCGCUGGUCUGCCGAUUGAGAACUAUCGCGAACGCACCAUCGCUGGUCGGCAAUCUAUCCAGCAUCCAAGCGGAUUCCAUAACGUCCCUCGGACUGGAAUGCAGCGACGUGCUCUUCUUCGAGAGUCAAUUGGCACCGAAUGGAUUCCUAGCGCCCUUGCCGAAGCUCCAGAAGCUCCGUGUGGAUUACUGCAAGAUACGUCACCUGCCCGGUGGAAUUUUCGCGUCGGUCAACAAUCUCAGGAAGUUGUCGCUGAGGACGCACAACAGCGAUUGGUCGGCCAUGACCUUGGAACUGCAUAGAGACGCGCUACGUGGACUGUCCGAAUUGCGAUAUCUCGAUCUUGCCGAUAACAACCUCUGGACGCUGCCCCAGGAAUUGCUGUGUCCCGUUCAGAGUCUGGCCAGUCUGAAUCUGACGCGCAACAAGUUACAGGACGUGGUGUCCCUUGGUCUUGCUGAUUGGAGCACACCCUGCACCCCGAAUCUCGAGACUCUCGAUGUAAGCAGCAACGAUCUCGGAGCGUUACCCGAUCGUGCACUGAGCGGUCUGCGCAGUUUGACCAUGCUCAAGUUACAGGACAACGCUAUAGCUGCCGUGGGUGAUCAUGCUUUGGCAGGACUGGGAGCCCUUCAAUCGCUCAACGUUUCCAGCAACAGAUUGGUGGCACUGCCGCCCGAGCUGUUCGCCAAGACCAGGGAUCUGCGCGAAUUGAUACUCAGCAACAACUCGCUCUCCGUGCUCGCUCCCGGUUUGCUCGAGGGUCUGGAACAGCUGCAAGUGCUGGAUCUGAGCUCCAACAAGCUCAGCAGUCGCUGGGUUAACCGCGACACUUUUACAAGAUUGGUCAGACUGGUCGUGCUCGAUCUGUCCUUCAACGCGCUGACGCGUAUCGACUCUCACGUCUUCAAGGGAUUGUUCAGCCUUCAGGUGCUCAAGCUCGAGCACAACGAGAUUGACACGUUGAGCGACGGUUGUUUUGGCUCGCUGAGAAAUCUUCAUUCGCUGACGCUGUCGCACAACAAGAUUUCCAGGUUGGACCCGACCCAUACAAUGGGCCUGGGUGCUCUAGGACAAUUGUUUCUGGACAGCAAUAAUCUUCGCGUCGUUCAUCCACGUGCAUUCGCCAAUCUUACCGAUCUCCGAGAUCUCUCACUGAGCGGGAAUUCUCUUAUGGACGUGCCCGAGGCAGUGCGCGAGCUCAGAUCGCUCAAUACUCUCGAUCUUGGGAACAAUCAGGUCUCUAGAAUUGAUAACGAGUCAUUUGCUGGUCUGAAUGAGCUCUAUGGAUUGAGAUUAGUGGAUAACAAGCUCGAGAACGUGUCCCGCGAGGCCUUCGCCUCUCUUCCGGCUCUACAGGUACUGAAUUUGGCUAGUAACUCAAUUCGCCACGUGGAGCAGAGUGCUUUCGCCAGCAACCCAAUGCUACGUGCCAUCAGACUCGACGGCAAUCAGUUGACUGAUAUUCGCGGCGCUUUUACGAGUCUGUCCACCCUAGUUUGGCUAAACGUUUCGGACAAUAAGUUAUUGUGGUUCGACUAUAGCCACUUGCCGGCGAGCCUCGAGUGGCUGGAUAUGCACGCGAAUCAAGUGAACGAACUCGGGAAUUAUUAUAUGGUGCGGAAUAAUUUGCGAAUUAAAAACUUGGACGCGAGUUUCAAUCUCAUUACGGAUAUAUCCGACGCCAACGUGCCGGACAGCGUCGAGACGCUUUAUCUGAACAAUAAUAAGAUACGUAGCGUCGCCGCGGGUACGUUCUUGCAGAAGACCAAUCUCGAGAAGGUCGUUCUUUAUGGGAACGAAAUAAAGCAUCUUGAGGUUGCAGCGCUGGGCCUUCAGCCGGUGCCCGCUGAACGUGAACUGCCAAUGUUUUAUAUCGGGGACAAUCCAAUAUUUUGCGACUGCACGAUGGAGUGGCUGCCGCGUAUCAACGAAUUGGCACGACUGCGUCAGCAUCCAAAAGUCAUGGACCUGGACUCGGUCACCUGCGAAAUGGCGCACGCACGGGCUGCGCCUAAACGGCCAUUGCUGUCUUUGAAGCCCAGAGACUUUUUGUGCCGCUACGAGACGCAUUGCUUCGCUCUAUGUCAUUGCUGCGACUUCGACGCCUGUGACUGCGAGAUGACCUGUCCCGACAAUUGUUCUUGUUAUCACGAUCACAUCUGGUCCAGCAAUGUCGUGGAUUGCUCGAACGCCGGUUACAAGCACGUUCCCGAGCGCAUUCCCAUGGAUGCCACGGAAAUCUAUCUGGAUGGGAACGAACUUGGUGACCUGGGCAGUCAUGUGUUCAUCGGGAAGCGUCGUCUGGAGGUGCUGUACCUGAACAACAGUGGAAUCGCUGCUCUUCACAACAGGACGUUCAACGGUGCUGGAGCAUUGCGAAUACUCCAUCUCGAAGGCAAUGCGCUACGUGAACUAAGAGGAUUCGAGUUCGACCAGUUGGAGAGGGUGUCCGAAUUGUAUUUGGAUCAUAAUGCAAUAGCUACGGUCGGCAAUACAACGUUUAACAAGAUGAAGAAACUUGAGGUCCUCAGAUUGGACAGUAACCGAAUUGUGGACUUUAGACCUUGGGAGGCCCUGGCCGGCGCCGGUGCCGGCGCCAGGGUGGCUCUCGAGGGCAACGCCUGGAGCUGCGAAUGUGCCAAUGCUGCUAGACUCAGGACCUGGCUGGCAGAGCAUCGGGGUGAUCCCGAGAAGAUGUACUGCCGGGACGGUGCCGAGACCCUGGCACAGGCUAUGGAGCGUUGCGGGGACCCGGCAACGGAGGCUGUGAGUCGCGGUGCCCAGGACAGUCCUCUUUUGGGAGGUAACUUCGUACCUUUACUGGCCGGCGCACUGGUGGCCGUGAUAGCCGUGUGUCUCUUCGUCGCCCUGGCAUUCGCGUUUCGUCAGGAUGUCAGACUCUGGGCCCAUGCACGCUACGGGCUCAGGUUAGGCAAGGUGACGCCACCACCGGACGAGGAAAGGGACCGUCUUUACGACGGGUACAUCGUCUACAGCGGCAGGGACGAGGACUUCGUCUCCAGGUGUCUAGCUGCUGAGCUGGAGCAGUCAGGACUGGCUCUCUGUCUCCACUGGCGCGAUCUGCCGCCGGCCAGGCCCCAGGAAGCCGUACCUCCAGCAGCGGCAGCGGCAAGGCGCAUCCUCAUAGUCUUCUCGCCGGUUUUCCUAGCUGGGGAAUGGCAGCAUCCGGAGUUCAGGGCCGCGCUCAGGAGUGCCCUGGAAAGUAUCAGGCCUGGUUCCCGCAGGAGGAGGGUCGUCCUGUUAUUAGCCACGGAGCCUCCGGCAUGCGACCCGGAACUCCAGCUUCUUCUCCAGACCUGCACGGUCAUCGUCUGGGGCGAGAAGCGCUUCUGGGAGAAGCUCCGCUUCGCCAUGCCGGACUCUGCCGACAAGAGGCGCGAUAGCAAGAAAGUCACCAAUGACAGGAACAGGGUCCCUGCCAGGUAUACGGCAGCACCGUCGGCCGCUGACUCCUGGACCAAACCGAACGGCGUCCUGGUCGCGCCCGUUCACGCACCCACACCGACUCCCACCCAGUCAACCUAUGUUAGUUCGGCAUCCAGUCGCACCGAGGACGAGGACAGCGGUGCUGAGCAUCAACAUCAGCAUCACGGAGGCUACAGUGCUCUUCAUACCAGCACUGCGCGUCCUGCUAGCUUAUCGUCCAGGGGUAGUCAUUUAUACAGUACUAUACCGGAACCACCGGUACCCACUGCGCCACCGUCCGGUACGCCUCUGCCGGCCAACCCGCGUACUUACUUCGUUUAGUUCCUCGCCGCGAAAUGCAGAAAUCGGCCGUGACGGAGUCGCGCAGGCGCAAGGUUAGUUGCGACUGUAAAAAUGUAUUUUUUUUGUCUUCUUCUUCUCCGUUGUCACUGUAUUCUUUGUUUAGCAUUCUUUGCUCGGUACAGAGUUCGCAUUUACAUAGUGUAGGAAAGACGAGGUGUUUUUUUUCUUCAAAUUCGAUCAUUUUAUGAUUUCACUUAAUCAAACGAAGCAGACGACUCUCUACACGCGACUCUCAUUCGUAGAUUUUGGUUUGGCCGAUUUUUUCAUCAUUGUCGAUUCGAUCCUUCGUUAUUCGGCAUUAAGACUUGUCGCGCGGGAUAUCUCGUUCCUACAGACUGCUGACUUGUCGAACGCGACUGUCACUUAACGCUUAUUAGGCUAUAAGAAAAUUCUCUGUACAUAAUGUAUCUACUUUUGUAAAUACGUGUCACUCAGACUUCAUCGAGCGCAGCGAUUUAAUUGUAUUACUGGCAAACUGGAUACGUGUUUAAAAUUACGACUAGGAAUUUAUUAUUACUAUAUUAUUAUAUUGUUGUAAAUACGCCCAUCGAAUCACCUAACGCAUUUUAUUCACGAACUAUUAUAUUAAAUUAAAUAAUAUUACAAGUACCAAGACGAAAAUUGAGAAUAAAUACGUUUCUUUUGUAUAAAAUAA